GUUUCCCGCGAAACCCUCUGGGCCCUUGUCCAAAAACACCCACGGCUCACCCUUUCCCCUACAAUCCCUCACCGUCAAUCCUCUGUAAUGCCAUCAACAAUCCAACCUGUAUCCCAUCUUUCUGCAACUGCAUUCCUUCUCUCUCCUUCCUCUUUCUCUCUCCUCUCCCUCUCCCUCUCCCUCUCUUUUCUCCAAUCUAUAGAUGUCUCUCUCUCUCUGCAACCCUUUUUGCCAUCCCCAGAAACCCACCACUCUGACCCCAUCCCUCCUCUAGGCCACCCCCUCCUUCAUCCCUCUCUCCUCCCCUGCCAUGGGCAAUUGUUGCUCCCGUGGGAGCAACGACGAGGAACCCCCGAAGAGUAGAAGGGGAGGAUCCGUAACCGGCAAAACCGAAAAUGGGGGCAAUCCCCCCUCGCCCAAUCCUGCAACCUCACCUAGGCCUGCAGCCCCGGUCGCUAGCCCUGGGCGUGUCAAACCCGCCAAGCCUGCCCCCAUCGGACCUGUCUUGGGCCGUCCCAUGGAAGAUGUUCGAUCAAUUUACUCAAUCGGCAAGGAGCUCGGGCGAGGGCAAUUUGGAGUUACCCAUUUGUGCACCCAAAAGGCCACCGGCGAGCAAUUCGCCUGCAAGACCAUAGCCAAACGGAAGCUCGUUAACAAGGAGGAUAUUGAGGAUGUUAGGAGGGAGGUUCAGAUCAUGCACCAUUUGACAGGGCAGCCUAAUAUUGUGGAACUCAAAGGGGCCUAUGAGGACAAGCAGUCUGUUCAUUUGGUGAUGGAGUUGUGUGCGGGAGGGGAACUUUUCGACCGGAUUAUUGCCAAGGGGCACUAUUCGGAGCGUGCUGCAGCGUCAUUGUUGAGAACGAUUGUGCAGAUUGUGCACACAUGCCAUUCUAUGGGGGUCGUCCACAGGGAUCUCAAGCCCGAGAAUUUCCUUCUUCUGAACAAGGACGAGAAUUCGCCACUUAAAGCCACAGAUUUUGGCUUGUCAGUGUUUUUCAAGCAAGGAGAAGUGUUUAGAGAUAUUGUUGGCAGCGCUUAUUACAUUGCACCUGAGGUCUUAAAGAGGAGAUAUGGGCCUGAAGUUGAUAUAUGGAGUGUCGGAGUAAUGUUGUACAUUCUUCUUUCUGGAGUUCCUCCUUUUUGGGCAGAGUCGGAGCAUGGGAUUUUCAAUGCAAUUUUGCGUGGUCACGUAGAUUUCACAAGUGAUCCAUGGCCUUCAAUUUCUUCUGGAGCUAAAGAUCUUGUCAGGAAGAUGCUGACUUCAGAUCCCAAGCAGAGGGUAACAGCAUACCAAGUCCUAAAUCAUCCAUGGAUUAAGGAGGACGGUGAAGCACCUGAUACACCUCUUGAUAAUGCAGUUUUUGACAGGUUCAAACAGUUCAGAGCAAUGAAUAGGUUCAAGAAAGUUGCGCUUCGGGUUAUUGCUGGCUGUUUAUCAGAGGAAGAAAUCAUGGGAUUGAAGGAAAUGUUCAAGGGCAUGGAUACUGACAAUAGUGGGACUAUUACACUUGAGGAGCUGAAGCAAGGGCUCUCCAAGCAAGGGACAAAGCUAACUGAAUACGAAGUCAAACAAUUAAUGGAAGCUGCUGAUGCGGAUGGUAAUGGAACCAUAGAUUACGACGAGUUCAUCACUGCGACAAUGCACAUGAACAGAAUGGAUAGAGAGGAGCAUCUUUACACUGCCUUCCAGUAUUUCGAUAAAGAUAAUAGCGGGUAUAUAACAACAGAAGAGCUUGAACAAGCCCUCCGAGAAUUCGGCAUGCAAGAUGCAAAGGACAUAAAGGAAAUCAUUUCCGAGGUCGAUGCUGAUAACGAUGGCAAUAUCAACUAUGAAGAGUUUGUGGCCAUGAUGAGAAAAGGCAACCCAGAAGUCAACCUAAAGAAGCGGCGUGAUGAGGUGUUUGUUUAAUUGUGCAUUACUGUGCUGGAAGUCACUAUCUAAACCUCUCUGCUGUAUUAAGGUGGACUGAAGCUGAUCGGAGGAAUAUUUCCGACGCAUUCAUAGAAUAUAUUAAUUUAUGAGUGCUCAUGUACAUUAUCUCUUGCAUUAGAAAAAGUAGGAGAGGAUGUGAGGGAAUACUGGUUCAACAUGGGAUUCUUGGAGUUUUAGGCCUGUGCAAUGUGAAUUAGUGACGGGUUCUCUGCUUCUGAACAUUGUAAUCAGCCCUAAUUGUCGCCUUACUAAUUCUUAGGAGUUGAUGGGUGCGAAAUUAUUUAUGACCUCCAUUAGAACAGAAAAGACAUAAUUACUGGCAUGUCUACUUUCUCAUGACAAAC